CUCUCUCAAAGACACGACCCAAGCAAGAUGGCGACUACACACGAAGCAGAGGCCUUGAUCACCUCUCACGACCCUCACCACCCCGCAAAUCUCAUCUGUGAGCUCUGCAAGAAGUUCUACACUCUUGGAUGGGUCACUGGAACGGGCGGUGGCACCUCGAUCCGUGAUGGCGAACGCAUCUACAUUGCGCCCUCGGGCGUUCAGAAAGAGCUCAUGAAGCCUCAAGACUUGUUCGUCAUGGACUACGCGACUCGAGAGUACUUGCGCAGACCACCGGUGCUGAAGCCCUCGGCAUGCACGCCUCUUUUCAUGGCCGCCUUUACACUGCGCGGCGCCGGUUGCUGCAUCCACACACAUAGCAAGGACGCCGUGCUUGUGACACUUCUCUGCGAAGCCGCCGGCACCGACGUCUUCGAGAUCCAGAAACUCGAGCAGAUCAAGGGUAUCCCCAAAGGAUAUGGCGAGGAGAAGAAGGGAAACCUUGGAUACCACGAUCGUCUGCGCAUUCCUAUCAUCGACAACACUGCACAUGAGGAGGAUUUGAAGGAUACACUUGAAGGUGCCAUCAAGCAGUGGCCUGACACCCAUGCCGUCCUGGUCAAGAGACAUGGAAUUUAUGUUUGGGGCAAGGAUGUUGCUCAAGCAAAGACUCAGUGUGAGAGUCUCGAUUACAUUUUCCAGCUUGCAGUAGAGAUGCAUAAGUUGAGCUUGCCAUGGAUUUCGAAAUAA